AUGGAAUCUUUACCAAUCCACCUACGACCGGGUACCGACGAGUCGAUUGAAUGCUGGGACGAUGACGACGACUUGCAGUUCAACGAGGAUAUUCACUUUCGCACCGCAUCCAGCGCGGGGUCCGUAACAAACUCGUCAUUUCGGCCCUCAGGGCACCGAGAUUCUAUCUCCUCUCGACGCUCUGCUCGCUCAGAUAUUGACUCCAAUGCGGGCGACGAAGACUGGCAGGUACCGCUAUAUGACAACGAUGAAUUUGCAAAAGAAGAUGCCAUUGCUUCGGCCAAGACUGCGGGCAUUCCCAUUCCUCCAGAUAUCCCCAAGUCAGCUCUUAUUGGAGGCACGAUCAAGCGCUUGUCAACUCGAAAGACCAAAAAAACUUUUGUUGAUGACUGGUCAGAAGACGUUGAGCUCCCGGGUCCUGAAACCCUGUUACAGCUCAAAACUCCUCGGGAAACCAUGUUUCCUGACUCCCUUCGACAUUUGAGCUCCGCUGCUACCAGUCCAGUGAAAUCCACGGCCUCGCCAUCUUGGGAUGACGAAUUCCCAACACAUUUGCAAUCUACCUUGGGACCAUUUGACGCCUUCCAUGACGACAACGAUAGUCUGGAAACCCGAGAUAUCCCAACCCUCAAAGCCCCAACUCCUCGAUCUCCAAAAGAAUUGAGCAUUCGCAAUGUUGGCAGCGGCUUCAGUAUUGAACAGGAAGCAGACGACGACUUCAACCAGGAUUUUGAACUUCCUGCCAAUCAUCAGCCUCUUGAAUUAUCCCAUCGAAAAGCGAAUUUCUACGUUUCCAGUCCCACUUUGGAGGACUUUGAUCUUGAGUGGUCUGAAGGAAGUAUCGGUGUACGAGUUGGUGGUACCACAAGGGAUGGUCGUUCAGUUCCCAGUUCCUCUAUCUCUAUCGCCAGCCCCAGCGUUUCAAGCUGUCUCACCGCGGAAAGUGAAGACGAUGGCCUCGACGGUAUCGUCAUUCCCGAAGGCCCCCUUGAUUUCAGUGCUUCUCUGCAGAAACGACAGACUGCCCAAGCUGAGAAUGUUGAAGCGGAAGAGAGUCAGGUGGAUCGUAUUCCUUCUGACGCUGACGACUUCUUUUCUGGCAUUGAUAUCGACAACGAGAAGGCUUUCUCCUUUGGAAAACCCGCUCUGAAUCCCAACAUAAAGUGCAAGACAGAACGGCCAUCCAGCCCGACCCGUCGAUCUGCAACAACACUCACCUUCACCAGUGCGACAGGAUCUCCACGAACUCGCAUCCCACGCUUGUCUGGCCAUGAUCGGACCCAUUCAACCCACCUUGAAACUGUGUCAGAAAGUGGUGCGCCUCUUUCCAAAUUUCGAACAUCACAAUCGCGUCUAGGGCAUUCGUCUCACUCGUCAACUUCAAGUCUCCCGGCUCCUAGCGCCAAUCCCACAUCCCCGACUCCUGCACUCUCUGGUCGACGGCUUCUCGGGUCUCGCAAUUCCCGGGACAUUGCUCAGGCCGGCGAGGGCAACCCUUCAGUUAGGCGUUUGAAGACCAAGCGAUCCCUGCCAUCGAUUCGUGGCUUAAGCUCGACCGCUUCAAUGACCGCUUCCCAGCGACCACCGGUGGAUCGUCCAGUCCGCCUUCCCUCUGCCAGACCUAAAACACCGGUGGAUCUCCCCGCAACUGAUGCGAGGUCGCUGGGUCGCAGGCCACAGGUGCCAUUUAUGCCGGCUGGCGUGUCGGAAUCCCAAUCACACCAUGCUAGUGUCAAAGGGUAUCGCUCGUCACGUCGCACAAAUUCGGGUAGCUCUGGUGGGCUUCUUAGUCCGCAGGGCACAGUCUCUCGACUCUCCCGACCAACUCGCAAUGAGCCGUUCCGUGCUGGGUUUGGCGACACAAGCGCGGACUCUCUCGGUUCCUCUACAAAACGUACAAUCACACGACCCACUAAAAGACGCAAUUUCGGGGAUGGAACAGAGUUGGAAUCGUUUGAUGACCUAUCUACAUCGGUCUUCGCAGAGAGCAAGUUCGUCAAAACCCCCACCGGUCGAGGUGCUCCAAGGUCGGUCCGCGCCAGACUCAGCCAGAGCCGGAUUGAUCCCCCACAUGAUGAAUCACCUACUCAAUCUUUAACGUCCCCAUCAACUUCCAAAUUGCGCAGUCCGACACCUAGGUUUGCGCGAGAUACCAAUGCAUCUAGAAAUGCAAGGGAACAACGCAUUGCAUCCAUGGCUAUUAACUCGAAAGGCCGUGAACCGAAUCCUCUUUCGGCGUUCAACUCCAACUGGAAGUCCCAACCUAUCUCAAGGAUUCCUCCGGCCUCUACAACGAUCAGAAGCCGGAAAGGUAAACCGAAUGCCAAAUCAACGUCCAAGCCACACUUGAUCAAACCCAUGGGAUCUGGGGUGCAGGAUGCCAAAUCCGUGAGGGGUAUGCGUUACAAUCCUACCAUUUUCCGGUGGGAAGGAAACGAAAAUCUGGUUCAGGAAUUUGAUGCCACUGCUCCCAAAUCACCCAAACCUGCCCCGGCUCUCAUCACCAACGUUGGGGCGAUGCAGAAUGUCCAGACCGUUGGUGGAAUGGUGUUCGAUCCACAUCGUAUGUGUUGGCUCAGGGCGUCUGUUGGAGCCGACGAAGACGACGUGUUUGCCGGCCUGGACGACUUGGAUGACAAAAUCACCAGCACCGUUGGACGAAAUUCUGGAGCGAUUGAGGAUCAAUUCCCAGCAGUUGGGGACGAUGCAAGUGCUGAUGAAUCCUCAGAUGAAGGACCUAUGACAGAGGAAUUUGAUGUCGGCCCAGAAUUCAUCCGACGACAGCGGGCUGAGGAAGACAAGUGGAGACGCAAGGUUGACAAAUGGGUAUUUGAUCGAGGCGACCACGAAAAUCAUUGGAAAUGGAUCAUCCGCGAUUUAGUGGCCUUUGACCGGGGAUCGGCAUAG